AUGACCGCCGCAACCAUCGCUCAGCCUUCCGUUCACAAGCUGGAACUCAGAACAGCGCUUGGUCCAGUUUACCGCGACGCCCUAGACACGCCGCCAAGGGACUGCACGAACGACGAGAUCCCAAUCAUCGACCUCUCGCCCAUCUUCGCCGACGCCCUUGAUGAUCGUCUCGCAGUGGCCAAGCAGAUAAAAUGGGCGAGCACCACGCCCGGCUUCUUCUAUAUCGAAAACCAUGGCAUCGAGGCACAAACCAUUGACAAUGCCCGCAAAGCUCUGUUAUCAUUCUUCCAUCAACGCCAUGAGGAUAAGAUGAAAGUCCACAAGAGCCACUUCAAGAGCAGCAUCAAUGGCUACUCACCAGCUCGCACGACUCUGAUCAACAAAGCCGAUAAGAUCGACAACCGCGAGGCUUUUUCGUGGCAAUAUCUACCCAAGUACGACCCGGAUUCAAAGCCUCUGGACGAUAUUCCCAAAGAGGUCAAGCCAUAUAUCUAUGGUGAGGAUGCAAUCUGGGAUUGCACGGCACAUCUCGAAGGCUUCAAAGAGGCGACCCUCGAAUACUGGUCGGCGUGUCUGACUCUCGCGAGACAUCUCGUGCGGACUUUUGCUCUGGCGCUGGAACUGCCGGAAGACUACUUCGAUUCCAGGGUGACGUACCCAGGUGCCGAUGGUGUGUACAACUACUAUCCACCAUCUACAGCACAAGAUCUCGAAGACAAUACCUGUGGCCUGGGAAGUCACACCGAUCUUCAACUCUUCACACUCCUCUGGCAAGAUGCACACGGCGGCCUGCAAGUCCUCAAGCCUGGCAACUUAUCAACUGAUCCAUAUCAGUGGAUAAAAGCCGUCCCAGUACCUGACACCAUCGUGGUCAACAUCGGCGACUUCCUGAUGAGACUAUCGAACGACACGUUCAAGUCAACCGUGCAUCGGGUGUACAACAAGACUGGCAAGGAACAAGUAUCAAUGCCUUUCUUCUUCGGGCUGAACUUCAAUUGUGUCGAAGGUGUGAUACCCAGCUGUGUCAAUGAGCAGAAUUCCGCGAGGUAUGAGCCGAUCAGUUGUGGUGAUUGGUGCCAGCUACGAUUCAAGCAGGAGAGUGUGGAUUUUGCGAAAGCAAAAGAUGCAAGUGCUGGUGCGCCUAGUGGGAAAGUCGUUGCAACGUGA